GCAACGGGCCAGUCGUCAGUUGGUUACCAUCCACCUUGAGAGUAACAAGCAACAAGAACUUGUAUUAUUUUAUUUUAUUCUUUUUCCGAAAUAAAAUUCCUCCACCAACAGUUUAGAAGCAGUGCAGUCGCGCACCUGUUCUUCUUCUUCUUCUUCUUUUUUUUCGUUCAAACAUUUUGUAUUAACGAACGGUCGGGACUUUGUGUGUUUGUUUUCGUGCGUCGGCCGGUGGUGGUGGUCGGUUACAUACCCAUCGGGAGGCCCAAACUUAAAAAAAAAAAACUCUGUGCGCUCGUCUCGCUCGAGUGUAAAUUUGGUGUGUUUAUUUUUGUUUUUAACUUUCGACCCGGUCGACUAUGUGAGUGCCGUUCUCCUUUUGGGUGGCAAAUCAUCGCAAGGAGAAUUGAGUUUUGUUUUGUUGUGGAGGGGCUGGCGUAACUUCUUCUCUCGAUAUUUAUUGCCGUGUGUCUGUCUUGUCUGUCUGCCGGUUUGGGUGUGCGUUCGUUCAGUCUCUUGAGCCGACGACGAUCAGCCGCCCGCGGCCACACACGCCAUCCUACCUCUCCAUCAACUGCUGCUGCUGCUGCUGCCGCUGCAAAAAGGGCAACUUCUGAUAGAUAAAUCUCUUUUUCUCGAUUUUUUGUUUUGGGCUUUUUCUGAGCUUCGUCCGUUCGUGACCCGUUGUGGCCGUUAGUACAAGUAUAAGAGAGAUAUAGGAUGUUGUAUAAAAAUUCGACCGAGCCGGCCGUCCAUCCAACACCACCAGCAGCAGAUGGAGCGGUUCAUCGACAGCAGCACCAGCCAGCACCUCCGCCGCCACCGCAGUGGGCAAACAACGGAUGGCCGCCUCCGCGUGAAGACAAACAGUCGACGUUAUCCCGGUACUGGACGAAUGAAAAGACGACCAAGGACCAAGGACGAGGAGGUCUGGCCAGCGGCGGAGCGGGUGGUACGAGCGUUGGAGGCGCCCGGCACCUACCGUCCAACUACCACCAGCUGAAACGGGUCUGCCGUGACAGGGGAUUGCUCUUCGACGAUCCCGACUUCCCCACCACGGCCCGAUCGCUCUACACCAACAAGAAGCCGGCCAACUUGGGAGGACCCAUCACUUGGCUCAGACCACACGAUAUUUGCCAGCGGCCGACGUUCAUUGCCAACGGAGCGUCGCGGUUCGACGUCGAGCAAGGCGAAUUGGGCGACCCUUGGUUACUGGCUGCCAUUUCGUCCCUGACACUAACGCCGCGCUUCCUCGAUCGAGUCGUCCCGCCCGACCAGACCUUCGACCUCCACUACUGCGGUCUCUUCAGGUUCCGAUUCUGGCACUUUGGCGACUGGGUCGAAGUGGUCAUCGACGACAAGCUGCCCACAGUGCGCGGCAAACUAGUCUACCUGCAUUCGUCGGAUCCGCAAGAGUUUUGGGCCGCCCUACUGGAGAAAGCUUACGCCAAACUUUACGGGACGUACGAAAACUUGCACGCCGGAUUCACGACCAAAGCCUUACAAGACCUGACCGGCGGCAUUGUCCAGAGUUUUUGCCUGUCGCAGCAGGACAAGUUCCUGACGUACCAGGUGUUGAACAGCGCCGUCCCGCGCUCGACGCUCCUCAUCGCCAGCAUCAGCUUUGGCGAGAAGGAGGCCUCGUCGUCGGGCGGCGCCAAGCAGCAGCCGCGGGCUCUGCGUCUACGCAACGGUCUCAUGUCGCAGACGGCCUACAGCGUGACGGGACUGGCCCGCGUCAGGAGCAGCAACCGCGGCGAAGUGCCGCUCGUCCGACUCAGGAACCCUUGGGGUCGUGGAGAGUGGAGCGGACCCUGGUCGGAGCGCUCCUGGGAGUGGGAUUCGCUCUCGGAACGCGACAAGGAGCUCCUGUCGGUCCGCGUCCGCAACGAGGGAGAAUUCUGGAUGUCUUUCGAGGACUUUUCCAAGCAAUUUACACAUUUGGACUUGGUUCACAUCGGUCCGGAUGAUUGGAUGAACGAGCCAGCGCUGCACUCUAAGAAACCUUGGCGAGCCGUUUUGGCUCGACGAAGAUGGCGAGCCGGAUACAACGCCGGAGGAGGCCCACAUCACUUGGAGACGACGGCCAUGAACCCGCAGUUCUUCGUCCAGAUCCCCAGGACGGCGGCCACCAGCUCCAAGUGCCACGUCGUCGUGUCGGUGACGCAGCACUACGAGACCCGUGACGGACUUCUCCUUCUCGGGAAACAAAAGAAAAACAGCGCCGGCGGAUGCGCUAGUGGCGGUGGCGGCGGCGGCUCGGGCUCCGGCUCGACUCUCAACCGCUCGAUGCACGCCAUCGGUUUCGCCGUCUACGAAGUGCCACCCAACGUCAACCGGCUCACCGCUCACUUUGUCACCGAGCACAAACCGCUGGAUGUAACCAAUCACUCAGUGGCCAGGGAAGUGGUGACGUUCUUCACGCUGCCGCCGGGAGACUACGUGGUCGUCCCGCAAACCGGCAUCGCCCACUGCGAGGGCAAAUUCCUCUUGCGCAUCUUUACCGACGAGCACAGCAACAUUUGGGAAGUCAACGAAGACAACAUGAUAUUCAGGAACGUCGCUGCCGAAGGAUUUGAAGAUGGUUUCAAACACCCGGAAGUUCGAAGUAAUUUCAGCAAAUUGGCCAUCAAAUACCCGACGGAGAUUGACGCCGGCAUUCUGAUGAAAAUCCUGAAAAAUUACAAUUGUUUUCGAACGACGGCCAACAGCGCCGAUCUCGCCCGACCCGUCAGCGUCAACAGCAACGUCAGUCCGUCUGGAUGCUGCGCCAACGUCCCCUGUUUCAAUUCACUCAUGGGCUCGGAGAAGCCGCCCAGUCUGGAGCUCUGCAAAAGUCUCAUCAUGCUCAGGGAUUUCAACAUUAGUGGCAAGAUUAAUCUGAUUGACGUCCCCGCCCUCUUGCACACCCUACACUUUUGGCGGGUGGCCUUUGGCAAGUACGACCGAGCCCACGGUGGCAAGACGAGUAGUUACAAUUUGAGACCCAUCCUGUGGGAAUCUGGAUUGACCGUCAGUAACAAAGUGCUCGAAUGUUUGGUCUUGCGCUUCGCCAAAAACCGAGUUCUCACAGCCGAAGCUUUCGUCAUGGCACUCGUCCGCCUUCAUUUGGCCCACGAGCGAUAUCUCAGCAUUGACUCGAAAAUGAAAGGCAGUCCCCUGUCGUUGGAAGAGAUGAUUUUGAUGACAAUUUACUCCUGAAUUCACUACUCCGGAACCGUCGAUUACUAGACGAAACCAAGGAAGCCUGAGGACAUAAAAUUGUUAAAAAGAGCAAAAA